AUGAUCAACCUAAGACUUUACUCUAGUGUGUCACACGUUACUACACCAAUCUUUUAUCCUAAUGCAAAACCUCAUUUGGGCCACUUAUAUUCAAGCCUCUUAUGCGACGUUUACCACAGGUGGAUGCAAUUGAACAACGCCAAGUCACUCUUCACCACAGGAACCGAUGAACAUGGGUUGAAGAUUCAAAUUGAAAGUGAAAGGCAAAAAUAUAAGACUCCAUUAGAUUUUGUCAAUAAAUUAUACCCAGAAUUUAUUAGAUUGGAUAACUUCUACAACAUUUCAUUCACUAAUUUUAUUCGAACCACAAAUAGUGAUCAUAUUGCAAACGUAACAAAGUUAUGGGAACUAUGCAAUAAGAAUAAGCUGAUUUAUAAAGGUACUCACAAGGGAUGGUACUCAAUCUCCGAUGAAACAUUCUAUCCAGAAUCAAAAGUCAUCAAAAAUCCUAAUGAACCUAACAAAUUUAUCAAUACUGAAUCGCAAAAUGAAGUAGUAUAUCAAUCUGAGACAAAUUAUUUCUUCAAAUUGUCUCAAUUCCAGGAUAGAUUGAUAAAAUUUUUCGAAGAAAACCCACACUUUAUACAACCAAGAUCAAAACAUCAUCAACUUUUGAAUUACUUGAAGUCCACAGAACUGAAAGAUCUAUCAAUAUCAAGACCAAUAUCCAGAUUGAAUUGGGGUGUUAAAGUUCCAAACGAUGAUUCCCAAAUCAUAUAUGUCUGGUUUGAUGCCCUAACAAAUUAUAUUACUUCAAUUGGUGGGAUCAGUAACGUCAAUUCUCUUGAAUGGAAGAACACAUCUCAUGUAAUCGGGAAAGAUAUAAUGAAAUUCCAUUCUAUCUAUUGGCCUUGCUUUCUUUGGGGCGCCGAAUUACCACUUCCAAGACGUAUAAUAAUACAUAACCAUUGGAUAUCUAAUGGAAUGAAAAUGUCGAAGAGUAUUGGAAACGUUGUAGAGCCAAUUGAAAUUGGCAAAAAAUAUGGAACGGAUAUAAUUAGAUGGUACGUAUUGGAAAAUUCAAAUCUAGAAGAUGAUUCCAAUUUUGUAGAACAAGAUGUAGCACACCUGAAAGAGCUUUUUAUUGGUAAAUGGGGGAAUUUAAUCAACAGAUGUUGCGGUACAAAAUUUAAUAUAUCAAGGAGUGUACAGCGGUUCCACUCUGAAAACUUAAGUCAAGAAUACAAUGAAAUUAUCAAAGAUGAUAAUUUAAGAACUGAAGUGUCUAACCUGCUAAACUCGUUGAAGGAAUUAAAAAUUGUCAUGAAAGAGGCAAUUGAAAACUUUGAUUACGCUCAGAUUCUGAAACUUAUUUGGCCAAUAAUCAACCAUACUAAUGCUAUCGUACAAAUUAGUAAACCUUGGGAAAGGCCUGAACUUGAGCAGGAUUUGAUCAUUUUUACUUGCAUUGAAGUUUGUCGUAUUUUAGCAAUUUUAUGUCAACCAAUAAUACCAAAUAUAUCCGAAAAAUUUCUGGAUAGAAUUGAUGUAUUACCUAGCAAAAGAUCUCUGAGUUUUGCUGAAAUCGGUAGUGACAAUAAUUAUGGAUCAAAUUCAAACAGUAAAGGUAGGGAAUUACCCAUAUCGUAA